GCAUCGUAAGGAAGCCCUAACUUAAUCAUAAUGCAAUCGCUAUUCUCCCGCGUCAAGCGUCAAACCAACUCGGUCAAGACCGGUGACUUGCAGAAGUUCCGAACCAGGGACAAUGCCUACCUGCAGUUCAUCGGCGAGCUGAAGUCAGUGUUUACCGAACCGAACGAAAUCUACGGCAACAUCAAGGUUACCAAGCGUCGCGAAGGCAUCACCAAGGUUAACAUCAAGGACGGUGCCACCCAGGUCGGUUUCAUCUACCGCAAUCGGGAUCUUUACAUUAUUGGAUUAGUUACCGGAUCAACUUUCUACAUAGACAAGGAAGUGUACGAUGGCCUGGGAAAGAAGAUUCCAAGUGCGUGGACGAGUGUGAUCGGCACUAGCAAGGUUGUGGCACUGUCCAAUCCAUUCAGCUACAACCAGAUUUUGCCGAGUGGCGAGAACACCGAGCUGCAGAUCGGCAAACUGGGUGAUUCGUUGACCAAACUCACCCAAGUGGGAGACACUUCGAAGCGCUCGCAGAUCAUGACGCAGCAUCUGGGGCCGUUUGUGGUGGCAUUUUCCGAAGCAAUUCGCUUUCCCGUUGUUGCCCGGGAGGUACAGGGUGCGAUCCGGAAGGCAACCGGUACGGUCAAACUAUCCAAGAACCUCGUCAAUCAGCUCAGCUUGGGUCAUCCAUCGGAAAGAACCAAGGGCUAUGUUUUUAGCAUUUAUUCAUUGCUGUUGAACUGGAGCAAGCUCUCGGAUCGGGUAGUUCCACUCUAUUCAAAUCCGCCUCAGCCUGCUCCAGCCCUACAGGACGGCAAGUACACCCUUCGCUUGGAAAAGAACCAGCUCAACACGCUGCUGGGAGUGGCCAACUCGUAUCGCUUCACGCAGAUCAACACCGGCCCCGGCCGUGGCAAACGGGACUUGACCAGUAUUUUUGAUAAUGCAAUUCCGCAGCAUCCAGCGCUGUUGGAACAACAGCAGAUCAACCGAAUUGAUUACGAAGGCAAUGCGGGGCAAUCGCCUCCGAUGUCGUCUUCCUCUGGCAUUGCCUCGAUUACGCACAGUCCAGAUGUGGUGGGAGCACUGCACCUGCUCACCGUGGGGCUGCUUUAUCUGUACGGUAGAAAAAUGAAUGUUCCUAUUGGAAACAACCAGCGACCUCUCGAUCCACGGGAGGCGUACGGAAUAGCCGUGGAUCUGACCGACAGGAUUGAAUGUUUUCUUAAAUCCACUGGUUUGGAGCUGAAUUUGGGUUUCGAGGAGGAAAUGCAGCUUCAAAGAGAGGUGGCCAGGGCACUGGUUCGUGGCGAACGGGUGGAAGAGAUUUUGACAAAAGUCUUGGAGUGGAACUUUUCGCUGGAAAAGGAUGGUGUUGGAUUGGAAAAGGUUAGCAGGCAGGUUUUCCAGGCAUUGGCUACCGAAGCUGGAUUUUUGGAAGGUGGUGAAUUUGAAGGAGAUAGGUGUUUUCAGUGAAUUGUGAUUUUUUGUUUUAUCGUUUGGAUUUGAAGAAGAAAUUAGUCUUGUAAGGAGGAUCGCCAGUAGACGGAUUCGUCUUCCGAGAGUUCCGGAUCUAAUUGCCCAGCUAGUCAAAUUUUAAACCUACCUAAAGGAUCCACAUCCAAGUUUUCCAGCUCCCAAUACCAAAACUUCUCACAAUUCCAAAAUUCUAAUUUUGAUUCUAGUGCAGUAAGUAGAGUAAAAUUUCUUCUUCCAAUUAAUUUGAAAUACCUAGGAUAGAGUAAAUGACAAUAUUCAUUAAUUUUAAAGCGAAAUUAAUCGUUUCAAAAGCUAGUUGGAACGGUCAACUGAUUUAAAAAAAUGCGAAGUUCAAUGAUUGCUUUUAAAUGUUUUUUGCUUAAAUAAAGAUUCAUGAAAUUCCCUAACGCUAACUCCUGCUCAAAACUAGAUAUGUACAGAGAAACAAUCAGUUGUUCUCCCGGAGCGUAUGGCUUGUCAACGGGAUCGAACUCUCUGGUUGUUUAUCAGA